AGAUGGGUUCCACAGAAGACCUUGACUAUCCUCAAAUCAUCGUGCAAUACAGCAAUGGAUUUUUAAUCUCAAAGGUUAUGUUCACUGCCUGUGAGCUGGGGGUGUUUGAUCUUCUUCUGGAGUCAGGACAGCCUCUGUCUUCAGAUGCCAUUGCUGCAGGUCUGGGUGCCAGCACCAUGGGGAUGAGAAGACUGCUGGAUGCCUGUGUGGGAUUGAAGCUCUUGGCAGUAGAGAUGACACAAGAAGGAGCCCUCUACAGAAACACAGAAAUUUCCAAUGUCUACCUUACAAAAUCAAGUCCAAAGUCUCAGUAUCACAUUAUGAUGUAUUAUUCCAACACAGUCUACUUGUGCUGGCAGUACCUGGCUGAUGCUGUGAGAGAAGGAAGAAACCAAUAUGAAAGAGCUUUUGGUGUUUCAUCCAAAGACCCUUUUGGAGCAAUGUACAGAUCAGAUGAAGAAAUGCUAAAAUUCAUGGCUGGCCAGAACUCAGUAUGGAGUAUAUGUGGCAGAGAUGUCCUUGCUGCAUUUGACCUUUCCCCUUUCAGGCAGAUCUAUGACCUGGGAGGAGGUGGAGGAGCUUUGGCCCAAGAAUGUGUUUCUUUGUAUCCAAAUUCUACUGUCACAAUUUAUGACCUGCCCAAAGUUGUGCAGGUGGCCAAAGAACAGUUUGUUUCCCCUGAGGAGCAUCAGAUCACUUUCCAUGAAGGAGACUUCUUUAAUGAUUCAAUACCUGAAGCUGAACUGUAUAUUUUAUCCAAGAUACUGCAUGAUUGGGAUGAUGACAAAUGCAAACAACUGCUGGCAAAAGUCUACAAAGCUUGCAAACCUGGUGGGGGAGUGCUGCUGGUUGAAUCCCUUCUGAAUGAAGAUAAAAGUGGGCCUGUAGAAACCCAGCUGUAUUCCAUGAAUAUGUUGGUGCAGACAGAAGGGAAAGAGAGAACAGCAGCAGAGUACAGCAAGCUCCUGGAGGCAGCUGGCUUUGGAGUGAUUCAAGUAAAGAGGACUGGAAAACUCUAUGAUGCUGUUUUAGGAAGGAAAUAGUAGUAUGUGUUUUAUGUAUGUAACAAAACAGAAGAGGUUGAGAAAUAUGCUAUUCUUCUUAGUGGGCAAUGAUCAGCCUAGCUUUUAGUUAAGGCAGCCAACUUUUUGUAAGCUGCUACAUUGUCAAAAGACUCACUAAUAACAGAUCUUCAACAUGCAUGUGUUACAAAUCUGGAAGCCUGGCUUGGCUUGCCUUUGGAUCUGGGAGAAAAAGAAAGAGAUCAGCACCUGUUCCACAAGAAACAAUCCACAAAAGAAAAGUGUAGUGUGUCUGCUUCAGCUUGUAUCAGUCUUUCUGAUUUUUGACACUGUAUCUGACAAAAGCAGAGCUGAAUUUGUACUUGAGUUCCUGCAAAACAAAACUAAUCCCUGUACUGAGCUUUUGUGCCUGCAUUUUUAUUCCUGAAAUAUUGAUAUAA